GCUGUAAAUAAACCCUCUUUGCCUCACUUCUCUUCACUCUAUUCGAUCUUUCGACUCGGGGCUAGGGUUUUAGCCGCAGCUUCUUACAAGGAACUAAGAAAUUACAUCGCGGGCAGAGGAAGCGGUGAUCAAUAUGUCUAAAAACCCGAAAGUUUUCUUUGAUAUUCUAAUUGGAAAGAUGAAAGCUGGGCGAGUAGUGAUGGAGUUGUUUGCCGAUACAACCCCAAAAACAGCUGAAAACUUCAGGGCUCUCUGUACUGGGGAAAAGGGGAUUGGACAAUCUGGGAAACCUUUGCACUAUAAGGGGUCAACAUUUCAUCGUAUUAUACCAGAAUUUAUGUGUCAGGGAGGUGAUUUUACGAGAGGGAAUGGGACAGGAGGAGAGUCAAUCUACGGUUCCAAAUUUCAAGAUGAGAAUUUCAAGUUGAAGCACACUGCCCCUGGUAUUCUAUCUAUGGCUAAUGCUGGACCCCAUACAAACGGUUCUCAGUUCUUCAUAUGUACUACAAAGACCCCGUGGCUUGAUGGAAAGCAUGUCGUGUUUGGAAAAGUUGUUGAUGGAUACAGCGUGGUGAAGGAGAUGGAGAAGGUGGGUUCGGGAAGUGGCAAGACAUCGGAAACCGUAGUAAUAGAAGAUUGUGGCCAGAUAGAAGAGAAAUGAUUCAUAUGUUUCACCUUUCUCUUAACUAAUGUUCAGUUUUGCCCGGUCUCAUCAAUCCUAAAAUGUUGAACCUUUAAAACUUCUUAGUAAAAUUGUCUUUUUACUCCUAUAGGCAGGGUUGCCAUUGAUACUUUUGAAU